AUGUCUAAUUCAACAGCUCAAGUGUUAAUGAAAAAGGGUAAAAGGGGCGCAGCUGCAUAUAUACAUGCGGACUGUGCCAGUGGGUCGCCACAGCACUUAGGACCACUUUUAGACGUGCUGCUGAACCCUAGCAAGGCUAUUGACGAAUGGGAGACAAUAGAUUGGUGCCGGUGGUUGUUGGCCGGUGGGAGGACACCAGAUGAAUUUGCAGCCGUUGUGCGCAGCUACGAUAAACAUGACAAAUGCGGGCUGGUGUGGAUCCCGCGCGUGGUGGCGUACCGCUGCCGCACGUGCGGCAUCUCGCCCUGCAUGUCCAUCUGCCGCGACUGCUUCCACCGCGGCGACCACUCCAACCACGACUUCAACAUGUUCCUGUCGCAGGCUGGCGGCGCCUGCGACUGCGGCGACAACUCCGUCAUGAAGGAGGACGGAUUCUGUAGUAACCAUGGAAACAAAUGCCCGAGAACGGGCGCUGCGCCAGCCGAGCUGAUGUGUGUGGCUGAAGCCAUGAUGCCUCGCCUCAUACUGCGUUUGCUGCAGCAUUUUAGAGAGAACAGUUGGGGGCCCCAAACGACGUCGGACAGCUACCGUAUCGCUGUGCAGGAGUGCGAGGGCUACGUGCAAAUGCUCAUGGAGUUCAACAACAUGGGCGACCUCAUGCGCUCCGCCAUGACUAAGGCGCUCAUUAACCCACAGAUGUACCGCAACCUGGUGGAGCCACCGUUCCCGGACACGGAGUAUGGGCGCUACAUGGCCGAAUCCAAUAAGAUGUAUGAGAAGGCCAUCGAAUCCUUUCCUGCGCCUGAGCCACCGGACGAGUAUCGGCACCUGGCCGCGCUGGCGCCUCGCCUUAUGCACCACACGCUGCUGGACGAGUUCAUCUUCUGGACUUUCAAGUACGAGUUCCCGCAAAAUGUCGUCUGCUUCCUGCUCAACAUGCUGCCCGAUCAGGACUAUAAGGAGCACCUGACGCGCACGUUCGUGCUGCACUACGCGCGCAUCCCGCUGGUGCUGGAGCAGGCGGCCGACCCCGACACGCUGUCCAACCGCGUGGUGCACAUGUCCGUGCAGCUGUUCAGCAACGAGGCGCUGGCGCUGCGCUGCGUACAGCAGCUGCAGCUGCUGCACGUCAUGGUGCUGUCGCUGCGCCUCAUGAUGGGCCGCAUCCUCGUACCCAGCACGCUGCACCACGCGCACCGCCACCGCGUCAUCGACUGCACCAAGCGCCUCAUGAAGGAGCACUGCUACUGGCCGCUCGUCUCCGACUUCAACAACGUGCUCUCGCACAAGAGCGUCGCGUUGCUGUUUCUGCAGGACGACGCGCUGGUUGAUAUGUGGUUCGAGUUUCUCUCCAUGCUGCAAGGCAUGAACGUGAACGUGCGCGAGACUGGCGGGCACAUCGAGUUCGAGCCGUCGUCGUACUAUGCGGCGUUCUCGUGCGAGCUGGAAGCGGCCGCGUACCCGAUGUGGUCGGUGCUGAGCCACCUGUGCGAGCCCGCGCACGCGCCGCUGGCCCGCCGCAUGGUGGCCGCUGCGCUCGCCCGCCUGCAGGACUGGCUGCACGCCGCCAACCUGACGCAGCCGCACGUGCACCGGACAGAGGCGAUGCACGCGUCCUUCCACUUCCCGCUGCACCGGUACCUGGCGGCGUUCCUCUGUGCUGGCGUGCGUUGCAUGGGGUUGCGUGCUGCGGAGCUGCUGCCGUCGCAGGAGCUGCUGGCGCUGCUCGCCGUGCACCCGCUGCGCGUGCAGAUAACAAGGCAAGCAGAUGCAACAUUAACUAGUGCUACCCUCUAG